UUCACACCAUCAUAUCUCAAAUCCUCACGGCAUGUCCAGCGCCUUCGACAAGCUCACGAACAACAUCUCGCCGAACUGCAAGAGUACGCCCGGAACAACAACACCGCAGCACAUACAACAGUACCCUCAUUAUCCACAAGUCCCAGUAUCGCCAACCUCCACAAAUCUCACUCAUCACACCGCGCAGUAGUCCAGGACAUUAUCGAACGCCUCCCCCCACCCCACCUCGACUCCACCCGCCUCCCGCCUCUCCCCUCUGCCUGGUCCCCUGCCGAGAAACCCACCGGCCUCGACAUCCUCGGCCCUUCUGCUUCAGAAGUACGCUUCUCCGGCGUCAUCAAACAAUCUGACGAAGCGGCCUCAGUCCGAUCCGACUAUCCCAUACCGAAAGAAGUUGGCAUAUACUACUUUGAGGUGACCAUCCUCUCGCGAGGGAAGGAUGGGUUGAUUGGAAUUGGGUUCUCCACGAAAAAGGCGAUGUUAUCGAGACUACCGGGGUGGGAAACGGAGAGCUGGGCAUAUCACGGAGACGAUGGGUACGUCUUCGCGGGCAAUGCGAGUGGCAAGGCGUAUGGACCUGGUUUUGCUAGUCAGGAUGUUGUGGGCUGUGGAGUGAAUUUCCGGACGAACAGCGCGUUCUUCACAAAGAACGGAAAUUUUCUGGGCACGGCGUUCCACAACAUCCGUCAGGAGCGACUGUAUCCGAGCGUCGGCAUGAAGAAACCCGGGGAGCAUUUACGAGUGAACUUCGGCCGGACGCCAUUUGUGUUUGAUAUUGACCGGUUAGUCGCUUCGGAUAGGAGGACUGUGCUGGACUCCGUUCGAAGUACAGACGUUACCUCUCUCCAUCCACCCGACGACGAAAGUACCCUGAUACAGAAUCUGAUCGGACAAUACCUGGCUCAUGAGGGCUAUGUUGAGACUGCUUCGGCUUUUGCGCGGGAUGUCCGAAAGCGGAACGCUGGUCUACAAGCAUCGAAGGGAGUCAACUUUGACAACGAGGAAGACGAGGAGGACAUCCACGCGGUGAGGAGGCAGAAAAUCCGAAGAAGUAUCCUCGACGGUGAUAUCGAUCGCGCGCUGAAGUACACGAGCACGUAUUAUCCGAGGCUUUUCGAAGACGACAGAAACGGAGAUGUGUAUUUCCGAUUGCGGUGUCAGAAGUUUGUGGAGAUGAUGAGGGUCUGCCCGGGAGGAGGAUCUGUGCAGGCAGGAGAUGAUGAGGCGGUGGAAGAGGAGCAGGAAAGGGACGAGCAGAUGGAGCUCGACUCCCAACUCCAUCGUGAGACAUCCAUGUCCCAACCAGACAGAGACUUGGACGUGGAUAUGGCGAGCUCGCAAUCCCUCCCCUCCAAAUGCCCACCACAAUCCUCCGACCAGCUUCUGCAAGCGGCGGUGGAGUACGGUCAGGAACUCCAAGGCGAGUUUGGGGAGGAUCGCAGAUUGCACGUCCGGAAACUCCUCGAGGACAUGUUCGCCUGUCUCGCUUAUGUCGAUUGGGAGGCAUCUCCCGUCGGAUACUUAUUCGACACGACCCGACGAGCGUCCGUAGGCGAGGGUGUGAAUGGUGCGAUUCUGGUGAGUUUGGGCAAGCCGUCGAGCGCGGCGCUGGAGAAGGUGUGCGCGCAGACGGAGGCAUUGUUGGAGGAGACUAGUGGGAGGAGUGCGGGUGGGGGAGCGGCGGCGUUGGUGGAUGUCAAGAAGGAUUUUCUG